AUGUCUCUUCCUUGGAAACGUUUGAUCCGCUUUCGCGCCCUCGAUGGCCGCAUCCUGCGUGGCGAGCCCAUUUUGCCCGCGGACAGCACGAUCGAUCUCGGGCUGGUCACCGAAGCCGACCAGCUGCAAGCCCGCGUCAUCCAAGGCCAGGACAUCUACGAUACGACGGGCGAGACCAAGGUGACGGAUGAGAUUGUGACUGUGAAACAGAUUCUCUCCCCGCUCGCCCCCAGCGACGUACCCAUUCUACGCUGCGUGGGCCUCAACUACGCCAAGCACAUCAAGGAAGCCGGACGCAAGCCACCACCCUUCCCCUUCAUCUUCUUCAAGCCCAACACCUGCGUGCAUGACCACGGCGAGCCCGUCGUAAUCCCGCGGAUCGCACAGGACGACCAAGCGGACUACGAGGGCGAAUUGUGUCUCGUCAUCGGCAAGGAUGCCAAGGAUGUCCCCGUUGAGCGUGCCCUCGAGUACGUUGCGGCAUACACGGCCGGCAAUGACGUUUCCUCCCGGAAGCUGCAGCGUGAUCCCGCCUACGCCGGUAGCGUCCCCCAAUGGGGCUUCUCGAAAGGCUUCGACACCUUUGCGCCCCUGGGCCCCGUGCUGGUCGCGGCAUCGGAGAUCUCUGAUCCGUCGCAGUUGCACCUCAAGACCAUCAUCGAUGGCGAGGUGCGGCAGGAUGAGACGGUGGGCGAUCUGCUGUUCGACUGCCGCUACUUGAUCUCCUAUCUGUCUCAGGGCACGACACUGCAGAAGGGCAGUGUGAUCAUGACGGGAACCCCCGGAGGUGUGGGUGCGGGUUUCAACCCCCCAAAGUGGCUGGUUCCAGGGACUCAAAUGGAUGUGCACAUCUCGCAGAUUGGGACCUUGCGGAAUAACGUUGUUUAUGCGUAG